GCUCACCCUCUUCCCACUUGUUACCCUAUCUUCUCACUAUGAGUAUUCAGAAGAAGUUUCCGGAUGUGCACUGGGUCUGGAAAGGAGCGAUAUCCUUCGUCUAUGAGGUCCAUCCUCGCAUCGUGGUGAAGGUCCCGAAAUCCAGCGACUUCGAGCGAGAGCAAUUCCUGAAAGAACUCAGGAUCUAUGAGAUCUUUUCUCAGCAUCCACCAUGCUCUUCCAUAGUGCAGUGUUUCUUCUACGCGGACAACGGCAUUUUCCUCGAGUACAUGCGAGAUGUUACCCUCUGUUCUAGGAUUCAAAACAAUCAUACUCGGGACCUGGAAUCUUCCGUGGUCACCAAAGUAGAGAAAUUGGAGCCUCUGCCCCUACGAAAGAAAUGGAUGAACGACCUCGCUCAGGCUGUUGCGUUUCUAGAAUCGCUCAAUCUCGCGCAUGGUGAUCUACGACCCGAAAAUGUUUUACUUGAUCGCGACCGAUUAAAGCUUGCAGAUUUCGAUUGUACAGCAGAGAUUGGGACGGACUUUGAGGCUUGCAUGGCCCCAUAUGGAAGACUACUCAACAGCGACGAGCAGGACCAAGGACGACGUGGAACUUCCGGUGUCCUAGGCCCUCGGACCGAACAAUUCGCCCUGGGUUCUUUGUACUACCUCAUAAACUACGGUUUUGAGGUUUAUGGUGACCGAUGUCUUACCGAGGAUCCCAAGGAGCAUGGACGCAAAGUUGUGGAGUUGCUGCAGAAUCUGGAAUUUCCGAAGUUGGAUGGUGAUCCGUUGCUGGACAAGAUCAUCGGCAAAUGUUGGCAUAACAAGUAUGCUACGAUUGGGGAAUUGGCCGCAUCCACAGAGACGCUCUUGCUUGGAAGAAACAACUGCAGAGAGACCGAGGCCAAAAACCCAUGCACACCGCGAUGGCGUGUGGUUAUGGGGCGCAUUAUUCGUGGGCUUUGGAAACCUUUCCGAUCUUGGUGCGAUUUUGUGCUCGGUCGCACCAGCCAAACAACCAAGCCUGAAGUGGCUAGUGGUGGAGAACUGGACGGCCAUAGCCGUGGUGGCAUGGGUCAAAAGACUCAAAACAACUUGGCGGAUGUCUCUUCCAAAAAGACCUUCUGCCAGAACCUGGAGAAAUGCGGACUUCUUCAGAUGCUUGCAUCAGGAGAGCCAGAGCAACUUGGAUUUACUAUCGAGUGGUCUAGACAUUCCACAGGUUGAAAAGAAAGCCGAGGCUCUGCAGAUUGCGAGCGAAAAGAAAUGCAAAGUGGUCUCGGAAAACCGACAAGGGAGAAAAGCAUAUCACCA